ACUGUGUUUGGCUUUGAGGCCCUCACUGCAAGAAAGACCCUGAGGUGCUGGAAUGUGUCCAAAGAAAGACAGUGAGGCUGGUGAAGGGUCUGGAGCACAAGUCUUAUGAAAGGCAGCUGAGGGAACUGGAGUUGUUUAGCCUGAAGAAAAGGAGGCUUAAGGGGACCUUAUCACUCUUUACAGCUACCUGAAUGGAGGUUUUAAGGAGGUGAGGGUUGGUCUUUUCUCCAAGUAGCAAUCAACAGGACAAGAGAAAAUGGCCUCAAAUUGCACCAGGGGAGGUUUAGGCUGGAUGUUAGGAAUUUUUUUUUUACCAAAAUGGUUGUCAAGCACUGGAACAGGCUGCCCAAAGAAGUGGUGGAGUCACCAUUCCUGGGGGUUGAAACUACAGAACUUGGUCUUAAAACUGCAGCAAUGGGUAGAACUUACUUUGUUGAGGAAGCUAUUGGUCCGUAUCUUUCAAACCUCAGCACAAAAGUACAGCCUUAUGUCACUGGCCUGUUAAUAGGGCAGUGUUCCGUGCAAAAGGACUACAUAAUACAGGCUGUUCGAACGCCUCCGAAAGAAGAGCAGAAGGAAGAUAUCAGUCCUUCAAAACUGGCAUCCAUUGAUGAAGAAUGGAUAACUGCACAUGCCAGUCAGGUUUCUAGAAUGCUUCCUGGAGGCUUAUUAGUUCUUGGUGUGUUUAUUAUUACAAGUCCAGAACUGUCAAAAGAUAGUCAAAAUGCUCUGCGCAAGCUAAUCUUUUCAGUGGAAAAGUCUUUGACUAAAAGAAGGCUCUGGAAACCUGCUGAGGAGGAAAUCUCAGAGAGAGCAGCUCUUCAGAUCUGUUCUGCUACGAAAAAAGUAGUUUGCCGAACCUAUGAUGUACAAGAUCCAAAGAGUUCAGCUAAACCAGCAGAUUGGAAAUAUCAGAGUGCUUUAUCUGCUUCCUGGUUAGCUUUGGACUGCACAGUAAAUGUUAAUAUUCACAUUCCACUUCUUGCUACUUCACCAAACCAUGAUUUGGAAAAGAAUAUCAAGAAUGGGUUAAAUCGAUGGGCGAAACAGAUAGAAGAUAGUGUUUUUCUGAUCAAUGGACAAGUUAAAGACGAUGCAGAACUACUGGAAGGGCAGAAAAAGUCAAGAGGAAAUACUCAGUCCAGCUCUCAGUUUUCUGAUGUCAAAGUUCUGACACAGCUGUCCCAGGGUUCAAGUUGUAGAUCAACAGCUACAGUCCAGGUCUGCAGUGGUUCCAUAAAUCUCAAAGGUGCUGUGAAAUGCAGAGCCUACACACAUAACAACAAGCCUAAAGUUAAAGAAGCUAUUCAGGCUUUGAAAAGAGACAUAAUAAACACAUUGAGUGAUCGGUGUGAAAUACUAUUUGAAGAUCUGAUUAUAAAUGAAGGACCUCACAAAAAAGAUUUUGAGAGGGAAUAUCAUGUCUUACCUCAAAGACUGUUUGUCCCUGUUGCUGGAUCCAGUGUGAUGCUCAGUGAUUAUAGGUUUGGUGAGGAAGCUAUUGGAGAAAUUCAGGAACGUUUUGUUGAAAUGUUGGAUCAAUCUGUGCAAGCUGAAGAUAUCCAUAUAGCAGAGGAAAUUAACACAGUUGGUAUUUGUCCAGUUACUGACAACAUGGAUGACGCACAAGAGAAACAACUGAGAAAAGCAACAUUGCUCUUGAAACUUCAGCAAAAUAUGGGUGUGGUAAUAGCAGCUGCUGUUGCAGUCUUUGCAUCCAUCUUCUCUUUCAAUUACUUCAGUGAUUAAACUCAAGCAACCACAGCUUUGUGGAAUGGAAGCAUCGGCCAGUUACAAGAUGGAAGCGUUUGUGUUUAAUAUAUUAGUAAUUAAGAAUUAUUGCCUAAAUAUCACCAGUUACAUGUGCUACAUAAGUUGUAAUGAUAGAUUCAGUUACCUUGUGCCAGCAUGCACUUACUACAUCAAGUAGAAUCACAUGGUUACAAUAUGUUGCUGAAUGAUAGUAUUAUUUUCUAGAUAAGAUCCCGUAAACAAUUUUUUCCUAUUUAUUCUUUUAAUGCAAAAUGCUGCUACUGAUGGUUUUCAGGCUAUUGGCAAGACUAGCAUAAUUACCUGGUAUGAUAAUUCUUCCUUUAAGAGUUCCUUUGCUUAAAGAAAUCUCAACUCAUUAAAGUUAAUUGGGGAACAAUUAGAUAUAAUGUAGCCAGCAUUUCACCAUAUGCAUUGUUUUCUAUACUGUUGGUUAACUAGCAUAAUAGGUAUACAAACAGUUCCUAGUAGUUUCAAGACUAGACUAAUUCAGCCUGUAAAUACCAUUGUUUGAGACCUGGAGAACUCAGAAAUCAAUAAAAUGCAUAGCACUUUUGAGAUUUGUAUAUGCUGUCUUUUACUUAGUGACUCUUGAUGAGGAUUUUUCUGUCCAGUUCUGAUUUAAUCAUCGCUUUCUUGGAAUAUUAACUAUUUCAGCAACAGCUACAUAUAGUCAGCCCUUUUGGAUUAUCUUGUAGAUGCAUGCAAGUUGGCAAAAUUGUUUGCUAAUCAGGAUUUUUAGACUACAAAGAGGUAACUCUCCAUUAUGAGAUAUUCUUCCAGGUAUGUUAGGGGAUAACAUUAUUGUUUACUUGCUAUGAGGAGAACAGAAGGAGGGAAAAAUUCAAGUAAGGUUAAUAAAGGUAAUUCUUUUAUAAAAUGUGAUGUUUACUUGGAUCUGAACUACAGUAGAAAAGAAUUCCAGAUUUUAAGGCAUUUUCAUAUCACUGUAUUUUUUUUUUCUUUGUAUAAGGAACAAUAAGAAGAAGUAUAAACACUUUGGUUCUAAAGCAUAAUUAAAGAAGUACUGGAAUACUUCUAUUAAAAGCCAACUGUAUGAAA